CUUAAUAUAGACAUGAAGACCGAACUGUCAAGUAUCUAUGCUUUGUAAUCUAUCGGCUGUCUUCGAGACUUGACCAAGAGCCGCUGCUUUUUCGAGCUUGUUUUAAUGCAUUCAUCUAAUAUUCCUAUAAUGGAUCAACUCCGUCCACCGUUCACUACGCGCGUGCUCGAAGAUAUUACAGAGCAAGGGGAGGUGCAAGAUGGCACAUGCUAUCUACCGGCAGCGCACCGUACGCGGAAAGACCAUAUCAUCGUGCCACAAGCGGACACAGAAUUCCUCGCCGAUGAGCUUCUCGUCAACAAAAUAAACGCGGUACAAGACUGGCUAUGGAUAUGUGGUCGCCCCAUGCCCCCUCGUCCGCUACAUCAUCAAAUUUCGCUAUCUAGAGAUAUUGUUAUUACAGAGAACCCUGAGCUCCAUCUCCUAUGGUCGAGUAAACGCAUAUUUCUGAAACCUCUGCCGUCAUGGCUCCUAGAUCCCGAAUUUUGGGCGUUAUAUAUCUUGAAAGAUGCGAAUCUAGCGCAAUGUGCACGAGGCUUCCUCUUCUCGUAUAUUGCAUUAAUUGCAUACGAGAGUGACUUUCGUCUCGCCCGAGACAAAGGCUUGAUCCCUGAUUCUGUUACAUGGGCUGGGUGGAAGUGCCUAGCUAAGGAGGUGCUACAGAACCAUGACAUGGCCACGGCGAAUCCAAGAUACUGGUACGGCGAACUUCGCCUCGAUCGGCUGAACCUAGUCUAUCGAUUCAAAGGCUCGAUCUUCCGGGGCUACUCGAAGGUGACAAGCCAUUCGGACUACAGAGACCUCAUCGCAGACAACUUCGCCAUAUUGGCCACGUUGCUAGGUUACGUUGUGCUCGUCUUGUCAUCUCUCCAAGUGGGACUAGGCGUGGAUCAGCUGCUGGAGAGCAGAGCAUUCGUGAACUUCAGUUACGGGUUCACCGUAUUCAGCAUCAUUGCGCCUGUCAUAGCAGGCUUUGGCAUCUUCGUCGUCAUCUUGAUUAUGUUCACGAGCAACUGGCUUGUGACGAAGAAAUACGAGGAGAGACGGUUCAGGGAGAUGGGCGUGGAACCACACUGGAGAAACAAAUCCGGCAAGACACCGACUGCCUCGUUCAGGGAACGUGAGGUGUCUCGCUCGAAGUCACCAGACGAGGUUUGAUAUUACUUCGAUGAUUAUCAUCCUUCCAAUGGGCAGAUGACCAAAAUAUCGUGACAUCUCUCAAGGGAGACUCGUGCCUACUAUCACUCUAUAACAUCCUAGAGAUUGAUUGGCCCACCUGGCAUCACUAUGGAAUGGCAACUCGACUGCAGAAGUUACACCAAAGAACUUGCUUCGUCGUACUAAUACGGGGCUCAUUUGCUCCUUAAUAUCAACCUGAGGUGGUCCUAGCAAACAACGAGGAAUGCGCGAUGGUGCUCCAGUUUCCUUUUAAAGCAAACUCAAUUACACGUACAUAUAAAGCAGUCACAACCGCCCUGUUGGGGUCUUA